CGUCACAGGUACACACAGGCCCCCACUCAGCCUUCUUUGUCAAGUCCCGACGAUUAGCCACAACGUCACACAGCUCUGGAAUACCCACCACAAAACACUAAACAUAGAUCGAUACGUGAGCUAGGUGUGGCAUAUCGAACUGGGACAGAUGAGACAGAGCAGCGUUUGACACAGACACAGAUAUCGUACGGCGUCCACGCGUCAGAAGGUAGGUACAUUGCCAAUUACAAAGGUUGAGAAUGGCUGUUCAAGAGCAACUUCCAAUUAAAGAACUGUGUCGACUUUGCAAGAAGAGCUGUACGGAACCAAAGUUCCUGCCCUGCAAACAUGCCUUUUGCAAGGCCUGUCUCCGUUUCAAGAUUAUAACUGUACCUGCAAAUCUUCAAUGGGAAGGGUUCAGCUGCCCCUUCUGCAAGAAGUACACCAAGGCCAUUGAUCCUGACCAGCCUCUGACAGCAUGGGCUGACCAGUUCCCAGACAGAUGGCAGCCAAAGAAAAAAUUCACUCCGAGAGAGUUUCCAACAAAACCACAAAUUGCAACAAAACCACAGACACCAUUCAUGGACAAACCAAGUGAGGCCACCAGAUCACCUGAACCAUCUUUGGUUUCUGGUGCAUCUGGUUCCACAAGUAGAAUUGGAUCAGAGCAGAAUGAGUCACCAAUUACCAUCUCUCGUGAUUCAUCCGUUGACGAAGGGAGUUCGACGAGCAUAUAUGGAUCAGUGACCUCAGAACCAAUGUCACCAACACCUACCUCGGAGACAUCACCUCCUGCAUCACCUCUAAAUCCUGAACUGGCAACACCAUCACCUUCCAGUACCUUGGGGACAUCACUCCCAGACUCACAAACAGUUCCUGAACCCGCCAUACCAUCACCUAUCAGCAACUCACCAUUGUCUGAUAUGACCGAUGGACCAGAAGCAACACAGCCUUUUGAAGCAAUGACUUCUGUACAUUCUAAAGGACAGUCUGACAUUCAAGGUACUCUUGAUAUGUUUACCAAAGGGACUGAUAGUGAAGAAGAAAUGUGUAUGAUCCACCCAUGGAAACCAAUCCUUCUUUCCUGCAAGAAAUGUGUCAGUGUAGCUUGUGGUCAGUGUUUGACUGAGAGUCACAAGACAUGUCGAGCUGAAGACUUUGACCCAUUAUCUGAAGUAUGCACACUUCCAGACGUGUCCAAGCUAGUGGAUGAGACCCAUCGGGUGAGUUCAUUUAGUGAUAUAUGGACUUCAAGUGCAGGGAAUCUUGAACAGACCCGGGUAGAACUGAGAAAGAGGAUAAGUCAGAUUGCAGGGAAGAUGAUCCAGGACAUUGAGAAGGAAAAAGUGCAAAUGGUCCAGAGGGUCCAACAACUGUACCGCGAUGAGAUCUGGAGGCUGAAGUCAGGCAUCAACCCAUCUGAGAGUCUGCUGAAGGAGGUCAAGCAGGUAAAGCACGACACCGAGAGUCUUUCCAGUCAUCACCCAACUCAGAUCGUGUUGAGGGCUGACAGCAUCCUGGAAAAACAACAAGCGCUGCUGGAACACCUGGGAACUGUGGACUUUGCCUGUGUUCCUCCAGAGAUCAACUUUGUGGAGAACAAUAUGUUUCAUGUCAGCCUGGGGGACCUUAUCGUUGAUCCAGGUUUCUACCCUAAACAUGAUGUUGGUGCUGUCCAACUGGAAGUGGAACUGUCAUCAUUGGCGAUAGCAGGUGAUGGGGACAGCACUGAUUCAGCUUCCAGAGAUGGUUCAGAUCCUGGUGUAGCUUCAGGUCUGGGUCAAACCUCACGUCCAAAAAAGAAGAAACACUCUCUCGCUAACUUGUUUUCACCAGCAAGAAAACCAGAAAAGAACAGUAAAUUUUAUGUUGAUGCUCAAUGACUGUUCCAAUAUGAUUGAAUUCCGUCAUCUCCAAGGCUCCACACAGUGACACCUAGUUAAUGACCAUCAUUGUAUAUAAAAGGUCAACGCCAGAGAAAAACAGAAACAUUUAACCACCGAUUCUUAUGGGUGUAAAAGACAAAAUAGUGUUGAAAAUAAUUAAUAUAUGAAUGUAUCACAGAAAAUCAGUGAUGACACCAGGUGUUCGCGAAAAGGGUGAGCAUGGCCCGCUCUACUGGCAGAACCCGCCACUCACACAAUUUGCAUUGGGUGUUCGUUGCCUAACCGCACAGCAGUAGUACUGCCUUACGAUGACAGCCAGACAAUCUAGCAGUGGACCAGACAAUCCAGAUAGUGUGUUUGAUGCAUACUGGGCACCGAUAGCGCCCUAUUGCUGAUGCAGAUUUAUGAAGAUACAUUGUCAUAAACUAUAAGUAUGUAGCUGAUGGAGAUACAGGGAACGAGGAGUCUCUGGUAUCGUUCACAUCAGGGAGACUCCUCCUAUGUGGCCUGCAAGGAAUAUGU